UCAAUGGAAGGGGUUCUCCAAGGGUUGGGGGUUCUCCAAGGGUUUGGUGUCCAUCAAUGGAGAGGGCCCACCAGAAUUUGGGAGUUCACCAAAGACGGGAACGUUCAUCAACCAAUCCAUCAAAAUUUGUGGGCCCACCAGAAUUUGGGGUUCCACCACGAGUUGGGGCUCCCCAGCGAAGGGGAUUGACCAAAAUUUGGGAGUUCACCACUGGUUUGGGGGUCCAUCAAUGAUGGGGUCCACCAAGGGUUGGGGGUCCAUCAAUGAUGGGGUCCACCAAGGGCUGGGGUUUCUCCAAGGGUUUGGUGUCCAUCAGUGGAGAGGACCCACCAGAAUUUGGGCUUCCACCACGAGGUGGGGCUCCCCAGCGAAGGGGAUUGACCAAAAUUUGCGAGUUCACCAAAGACAGGAACCUUCAUCCACCACAAUUUGGGGUUCCACCAAAACUCGUUUUUCCCCAAACCCUGGUGGUCACCCCACGUCCCACUGCGAGCAGGUCCUGGGUGAACCUCUACUGCGUCCUGGCCAAGGGUGACCUGGGCUUCUACAAGGACGCCAAGGGCCCCGCGUCCGGGGCCACGCACGGCGGGGAGCCCCUGCUGAGCCUGCACCGCGCCACCAGCGAGGUGGCCAACGACUACAAGAAGAAGAAGAACGUCUUCAAGCUCAAGACCGGCGAUGGGAGCGAGUUCCUGCUGCAGGCCAAGGACGAGGAGGACAUGCAGGGCUGGCUGCGGGCGCUGGCCGCCAGCGCUCAGGAGCAUGCCGAGCUGGCCCGCUGGCAGCAGGGUCUCCUCACCACCUCCUCCACCGACGAGGGGCUCCCCCGGCGCGACCCCGACCGGCCCCGGCGGAAAUGAAACCCCCCGAACCCCCACUUUGGGGUCCUGGACCCCCAAAAAUCACAAAUUUUGGGGUCCCAGCCCCCCCCCCCAAAAAUCCCAAAUGUUGGGGUCCCACCUCCUCCACCAUGAGCCCUGGGUUUGGGGCCCCAAGCCCCGAUUUUGGGGUCCAGGUGUCCCCAAACUCUAAUUUGGGGGUCCCAGCCCCUAAUGAACCUUGGUUUUAGGGUCCUGGCCACCCCCAAAACCUUAAUUUUGGGGUCCUGGUCCCCCCAAAAUCCGAGUUUGGAGUCCUGGCCCGCCCAAAACCUCAAUUUUGGGGUCCUGGCUCCGCCAAAACCCAAAUUUUGGUGUCCCGGCCCCCCCUUUCCCCCAGCACAAGCCAUAGAAAGCCGGGGGGGCCCCAGCGCCGCCAUUGUACAAAUGUAAUAAAGCACCCGUUGCACCCCAAAA